UGCUGACGGCCAGCUGGCGGCGGUUCCGUUCCGCCGGCAGUCGGGAGAGACGAGCGUCCGCGCUUGGAUUGCGUAUCGGAGCGAUCGGUCCGCGCGCACAUACGUAAGCGAGGAAUGUAAUCCGCGACCCGAUGACCCAUCCGUUACCCGUGUACGACGCGCUGCAAUUUAGACUAUCCAUCUUUAUCCAGGUGAACGAAGAAACCGUGCGACGAGCAACCGUCAAGACGCCAUAAGAAGCCUGCGGCGGAUCAGACGUCGGUAAUCGAUGGGUUGAGAACGCGAGAUUUGUGGCUUCACCAUCCAUCUGCCAUCCACUGCCACCGCCACCAUCUCCACCGUCUCCUCUUUCUGAUUUACCAAGGUGCGCAGCUUACCGAUGAGCCAUGCUGAAGGUGGUCGGAGCCUCCUGGCUGCAGACGCGCAUCUCCACCUACAUUCUCGUAGCCGUCGCCCUCCUUGGUAUCGGCGCCAUCAUUCUCGGCGAAUUUGGACACGUUGAAAAUGAUGGGACUUACUCGGCUACCGUGUCGUGGAAUCAUAAGGGUGGAUACCGCAUCGACUUUUGGGGCCAGAGCAACGAUCUUGCUAGCGUGAAGCUGAACGUCGCACGCGCCUACUACAAGACCAGCAUCUUCGAGUCCGGAUGGUCUGUCAUUGAGAUAGAAACGUCGUCCAAGUAUCCGGACACGGUGCAGGCUUACGCGGCCGGUCUGCUGGAAGGCAGCCUGACGUGGCAAUUGAUCUAUCACCACUGGUACAAUACUGUCAACGUCUUCUGCGAGAAACAGCCCGACGAGUGUCGGAAAUUGAUGCGAUUCCUCCGCGAAAACACCGCCGUCGUGCGAGAACGCGCCGAGCUUCUAGGAGCCACGGAUGCAUUUUGGCAUAUGGUGCGGCUAUUCUACGUCCAACUGGACGGUUUAGAGGCUGGCUGGAGAUUCGCUGUUCGCCGCAGUCGGCAGACGGUAGAGAUGGAUUCAGAGCAUUUCCUCUGGCUGGCGAUGGCCGCCGAACUGCCGGAUCUCGAGCUGCCGUCGAACGUUACCUACGAUCAUACCAAAGGCAUGAUCUGCCUGAAGAACCUUCUCCGCAAAGAGUCGGAACCGUUGAUAGCUAUCGGACACACCACCGCCGCAUCAUAUGCCAAGAUGCUGAGGCUCCUGAAGAGGUAUACGUUCGGCUACCACGUGUUGCCGAUCUUGAAGAACGCUGCGCUGGUGCCGGGCAGAUCCAUCAUAAUGUCAUCUUAUCCCGGCGCUUUGUCGUCUCACGAUGAGUUUUACCUAGUCCAAGGGCAGAAUCGCGAACUAGUCGUCGCCGGAAUACCAUUGUCGGUCCCUAAUCAUCAUGGAGUGUGGAAUCUCACGAGGAUAAAAGAUCAGAUUUUCUCACUUCUGACGCCGUCAUUCAAGAUGGCUGCGCUGAAGAAACAGGAGCCUUCAACAAGAAUGAUAAAGAAUAACAUCGGUUAUAGAGAGCAACAGGUGAUGUCAUCUGCGGAGACGAUGGCGGCGAAUCGUCUGGCGACGGACGGUCGCGCCUGGUCUCGCAUCCUAUUACUGCAGAAUGGCAAUACAAGCGCUCGACAAUGGAUUACCCUGGAUCCGCAUAGCCGAACCAUCGGACUGAUCGAGCAAUUAUCGGGAAUUACUCGCGUCGCGGACAUCAGUGAGCAGUUCGCCGCGACCGGUGCUCUUUGUCGCACUGGGAAAAAUCGUUUGCGCGAAAUCAAGGUAGCAAUCGAUGGAAAAGACGACGACAACGGCGAUGAGGGCGAUGAUGACGUUGCGAAGCCUGAAUUAGUCGCUAGACUGCUGAAGAACAUCACGACGAUAGAGAAUUUUAGGAGACUGAUGCGAGGAUACAGCCAUAAGGACAAGACCACUAUCGCAGCAACCACCGUAACUACUACCACUACUACCACCAUCACCGAAGACCAACCGAAGACCCAGACAGCACAGAUUCUUACUUACAAAGAAGAUUUGAAAGAAAGCAACAAUGUUACGCCGUUCGGCGUGAUCGACGCGAAGAUUGUGUUAGUAGAUGCCGACGGUGUGGGAAGCUUUGAGGCAACUUCUGGUCCCAACACCCAGAGCUUCAAAGAACCUUUCCGUUGGUCCCAAGCUUUCCCCAACGUUUCACACAUCGGCCAUCCAGACGUUUUCGAGUUCGACAAUGUCGUUCCUUUGUGGGUCUGGGUUUGACAGAAUGUUCGUCUUUUGGAAAUAAAAUUUUCAGUUUUGGCAUAUCUCAGGAAGACUUACCGAUAAAACGCAGAUUGAUCAGAUAUUUUAAAAGAUACCGAGAUACGACUAAAAAUCGCAAAACUUGGAAACAAUAAUAAGAAAAGUAUGAAACGAUAAUAUGAAAGAAAAUUGAAGGAAACCUAACUGACAAUAAGUUUUUUAAGGAAAGUUAUUUUUCGUCAUUCGAAAUAUAUUCGAUAAAUGAAAUUUUGUAAUCUUGAAGAAACAGCUGGCUCAUAUGUUAGCCUUCACCUGCGGUGAAAAUUUCUGGAAAAUAAAAAAGAAACAAAUUAAAAA